GUUUUACGGCAACUUCAGUUUCCCAAAGCGGCACCAUGAUGGAAGGUAACAGCCCUUCGUUUUACAACUCGCCCUUCGGCUUUCACGGUGAUCAGUUUGUCGGCCCACCACCGAUUACAGCGUCCACGGGGGGCCAUCGGAGUUAUAGCCCGCCUCCCCCACCUGCGUGCAUCUACGCCGACAAGCCGGGCCCCCAGGUAGGGGGCUACGGCGGUGCCCCCAUGGCUGUUGUCGAGUCCAGGGUGGACGAGGGAUUGCUGCAGUAUUCGCGUAUGACGAAUAUGAACAUGAUGACACUGGCUAAUAUGACAUUGCCUCAGGACACGGCGUGUACUCAGGCCUGCGGGGCCGGUACUGGCGCCGCGGCCCAGCCGUGUGGUGACGGGGGCCGGGAGGCGGCAAUGCAGCAGACGCAUUCACCGCAACUUGGUGGUCACACCACCGGCAUGCAGGGGGCCUCAACGGCCGUGACUGCCUGCCGUGGAACGGGUCAGACACACGGGGGAAACCCUGGCCCUCAUCACCACACACCGACCGCCUCGUCUGCUGGGGGCAAAACAAAAGGCGAAGAUAGGAAUCAGAACUUACCGUUUCCUUGGAUGAAAACCACCAAAUCACACGCCCACAUGUGGAAGGCAAAUUGGCCAGGUGCUUCUUUCGUUGAUUUCGACGAGAACAAGAGGACGAGAACGGCCUACACGAGAGGUCAACUCUUAGAACUUGAGAAAGAGUUCCAUUUUAACAAGUACAUCUCCCGCCCGAGGAGGAUAGAACUGGCGGCCAUGUUGAACCUAACAGAGAGACAUAUUAAGAUCUGGUUCCAGAACCGGCGCAUGAAAUGGAAAAAAGAGGAGGCAAAGCGUCGACCCAACAACAAAGCCGACUCGAAGGACGAAUUCGAUGAACUCAAACCGGACCUCAAGUCCAACGGCGAUUCGUCGUCUGACAAAGAGGAUCUCUCCUCGGAGAAGAGCCCCCUGUCGCCCAACAGUGACCAGCUGCAGCCGUCCUCCGCCAUCAAGGCGGAUCCUUUCUCGCCCUCUACGUCGCCCAAAGGUCUCUCGAUGACGUCACACAGCGGAGAACACCUUAUAGUCAAGUCUUACUGA